AUGAUUAGGUUCUUGAUUAAUGCUUGAUUAUUUAUCGGGAUUUGAGUAGCCAAGGUUUGAUCUACUCAAGAGCAAAUUGAUAGCGUGCCAUUUCUGAAAACUAUCCAUACUGAUUCAAUUUCUUAUAACUAUCUUUCCAAGACACUCACUCACCCAAAUCUUGAGAUCAUAUAUUUCCAAGUCCAGCUAAACCAACCAGCACCGAACAACAGCAGAGGAGCUAUCAUGAUGACUGAUUAUAAUAUUAAUGCGGUUAGGAUGAAAGGAUACUCCAUUGACUUUUCAGAUGAAGAUUUUGGGAUCUCCGGAGAUGGCAACUAUAUAUAUUUAGCCCAACAGGGAUCAUCCUUGGUUAUGGAAGUAAACUCAACUGACUUGAGCAUUAUUAAUAUUACUUCGAUAUCAAAUUUAAUCAUUGGAGCUGAGUACGGUAUUGACACAUUUGGAGAUAGAAUAUUUUUCUCAGUUGCUACCUCAGCAUUUACUCAGAGUGGGCUCUGAACAUCACAGAGAUUAUCAGCCUCUAUCCAAUGAUAUUAUUAUGGAAAUCCUAAUAAUAUCAACUAUAUUCCAAUUAGUGAGAAUCAAGUUUUCAUGGCUACAAUGAAAGCUUCUGAAAACAACCUUUAUUUUGUUUCGAUCAACUUGCAAAGCCCUCCAACCUUCAACUGGAGAAAAUAUGUAACCUGUUCUUCAUCCUGAACGACCAAGAAGUCCCAAUCCAUUGUAAGUAACAACGGAAAAUAUAUUUAUGCAAUGAAUGCAUUCGGUGGCAGAUUGAUGUAUCACACUCUUGAUAUUUCAACUGGAGAUGCAGUGUGUCCUGGGCUCUUGUCCUCGGGUGACUCCAACUUCGUUAAUGAUAUUAAUGACUUCGGAGACUCAGUGUUGGUUGUCUUUCAGCCUUUGUCAUCAUCAAAUUGGGACAUCAUUAUCAUUGAUCCGCUGUCAUGCACAGUUUCGAAAGAAUACACUAACAGCACAACCAAGUUCUUCUCAUCAACAAGAAUCAUGAAGUCUGGGACAGCAUACAUUGUAUUGGCAGGAGAACUCUCAAGAGACUAUAAAAUUCAGAUAUCUAAAAUGAACGAAAUCGAGAGGUUCAGUCUAUUGACUCAAAAGACUUCUACUUUCUCUGCAAUCACCACAGAGUUUGUGAUCAGUGAUCCAGGAUCUAUAUCGGGUUUGCUAUCUUCUUCAACAACAUUUUCUUCUCAAGCUCUAAGCACAAUAAGUUCUAGUGACAUAAGUGUAACUAACACAGAGGAAGAAUAUGUUACUGCUUUUUGGAAUGAUGACUUUAUAAAAUCUUAUCCCUCGAGAUCUCACACAAAUGCUUCGUUUACUUGGCCUUGAUCUCACUCAUCCAAUGCUACUACCAUAUUCUACAGUUUGAAGUCUCUCGAUGAUACUAGAGUACCAGAAUGGGUUUACCUUGACUCUAACAACGAAGUCCUGACUCUGAACAAGACGCCUGCAGUCUCCAAGGACACUCUGUACAAGUUCGUUCUGGCCAUCGACGACGGAACUGAGUCAGCCUUAAAGAAGUUUUACAUCACAGUCAAACAGUGAGCAGUAGAUAACUGACAUACAUGCCAGUCUGACGACCCAGAGUUGUGAUCAGAGUGAAGUAUCGGCUACACACUUAGCGACACCAAAGACCAAUGUGUAGAAGCAAAUGCUGAAAUUGCAGCUACUAUAGGUCAAUCAAUUGUUGGUCUUGGAGUGAUAGUCUCUGUCACCUUAUCAAUGGCAACAAUGAGUUCUCCAGUAGGAAUAUUUGCUCUUAUCAACCAGUUCCAACUGUAUAUUUUGUUGCCAAUGUUGCCUGCAUAUUUCCCAGCCAAAGUCGGGCAGUUCAUUCUGGGAGUCGACUUUGCAUUUAUCUCAUUGGAUUUCAUUCCUGUUGAUGACAUUCCGUUGAUUAAAGAAAUAAAAGAAGCAGUUGACUAUUCUCAGGAAGACAGCUAUUUGAAUGAUAUCGGGCUGACUUCAUCCAGCUCUAUUGUCAACUAUCUCCCAAUUAUGGUGUUUAUUGUAUUCAUGUUUCUUAUCCAUACAGUGCUAUGGGCUUUCUAUUGCUUCACUAGAACACCUAGAAGAUCAAAGAAAUGAAGGAAGAUUGCUGAAAUUAUUUUUCAGUAUAUGACUUUCAACUUUUACAUCAGGCUAAUGAUGCAGGGCUUUCUAUUCCAAAUCAUUUCGAUCUUUGCUGAGUUCAAAAGUUUCAACUAUCACUCUACUGUUGGGCUGGUUUCUCUGAUAAUGUGUUUCUUCUUUUCUUUCGGACUCCUUGUCUUCGUAAUGCUAGGUAUUAUCUCUUUUAUCCUUGGAUGGAGAAAUCAAAAUUCUGAAUUCCACAACCACUGAUCAAUUCACGAGUUUUAUUCAGGAAUCAAGAAGGGCAAAUAUGCAAAAUUCAAUUCUCUGUGUUUCCUUUUCACUAGAUUACUAUCUGUAGUCAUCAUAUUCAUGAUUGGUAAUGCAACAGGGAGUCAGAGAAGCAAGGUUUCAACCAAGGAUCAUGCUAUUUACUACAUAAAGUGGAGCUUCUUCUUUAGCAUGCAUGUAUUGUCAACUUUGUUUGUGUUGAUAGUGAGGCCAUUUCAGCUGACUAUUAAUAACAUUGUUGAAGGGAUUAACCAAAUAAACUAUGCUAUAGCUAUAAUCCCAUUAGUAUUCCUUAGGUUUGAAUCAGACUGGUCAUCGAUUAAAGAAGAUUUCUACGUGCAAGUAUUGCUUGCUGGUCCAAUGAUUGGGGUACUCAUAAGCAGUUUUUCUUUGAUAGCUCAUUUUUGAAAGAAAUGCAUAAAAUAUCGAAGAAAAAUUAGCCCAAAAUUAAGAACUACCACCAUGAAUAAGAAGGAAAGGAUUUCAGAGAAUCUUCAGAAGAGAAAUAAUGACUGCCAAAGUUCUAAUAUGAUAAUGUAUGACCGAAAUAAAGGACAAUUGGUAGAGUAGCCAAUAAUAUUGCUAGAUUUAAGGAAUAUAGUAGUAU